AUGCUCUCGGUCAUACUGGCGUCGCUCAUGAACUGCCUCACGUCCACCUUCAACUCGUCGUCCACCAUCUUCAGCAUCGACAUCUACAGACGGUUUCGGAAGAACGCGACGGAUAUGGAACUCCUAGUCGCUGGAAGGUGCUUCGUGGUGGGGCUGGUGGCCUUGAGUAUCGCCUGGCUGCCCAUCAUCCAGACGUUUAAGAGGUCGGGAUUGUUUGACUACAUACAAAGCAUCACGUCUUUUCUUUCCCCGCCGAUAUGCGCAGUGUACGUGCUGGGCCUGAUGUGGGAACGCAUUAAUGAGGCCGGGGCGUUCUGGGGACUCAUGUCCGGGCUCAUCGUGGGCCUUAUCCGGUUCGCGCUCGAAUUCGGCUUUCCCCCUCCCACAUGCGGGAACCCGGACACCCGACCCGAGGUCAUCCAGCGUAUGGUGGGCGAUUUCCACUAUCUCCAUUUCGGGUUUUUUCUCUUCUUGUUCGUCUGCCUCGUAACGACCGUCAUGAGCCUCCUCACGAAGCCGAUCGACAGGUCCCACCUGCCGCGACUGACGUUCGGGACGCGGUUCAGUCGGAGGGUGAGGAUCGACCUGGACGAGUUGGAUGCGGACCCAGAAGAGGAGGAGCGGCAGAGGCAGAAGGAAAAGGAGCGGCUGCGACGACGAGCGGAAGCGGGGACUCCGCCCUUGUGGAAACGAGCCAUCGACUGCGUCUGCGGAUUGGAUGCUCCCGAUGCCGAAGAGGAAGCGAUGGAGGAGACCCAGCAUAAGAUGAGCAAGGAGGAAGAGGCUAGCAAGGCUGCCGACUUCCUCUACGAACCUCCCUUCUGGCGAAGAUUGGCGAACAUCAACGCCGUCAUCUGCAUGACGUUUGCCGUAUUCGUCUUCACCUUUUAUGCCUGA